CAAUUUGUAGUCAUGCCUUGCGGGAAACGGCCCCUCAUUAAGAACUGGGACAAGCCGCGGAACAUAAGGGUCAUAACUCCGUCUCGCUACGAGCAAAACGAGGCCUCCGUCAAGCAACAUUGGAAGAAAGUCAUUCGCGACUUGGAGUUGUCUUACAAGGAUGACGCGUUUUGGGAAUCGCAGUGCGAUACUGUCCGCGAGCUGGUGGGCCCGGUCAUCUUCCACCGGAUCGCGAAGAUUUUCAACUUGCCGCUGGAAGCCUCCAAGUAUGAUCCCCAGUCGGACAUCACGUCGCUUGUACCAUCUGAGCAGUUUUACAAAGCAAUGUCCACCUCACAGAUACAAACUCGACAAACGUAUUCCAUGAGCGACUUCGAGUUCUCAGUGGAAGAGGAACAAGACCUUCAAGAGGAGCAAUCGGACCAAUGGAGCGUUUCAUCUGUCGCCGAGAGCACUGAGCUCAGAAAAGCCUCCCGUUCCAAAUCUGCAAUGAAAGCUGCAAAGUCGAAGUCAUUUUCAAGAAUGUUUUCAAAGUCGUUUUCUAAGUUUGUCAUGAGCAAGACAUUGCAAAAUACCCACUCCAGUAGAUUAAGAGCGUCGGAGGCGUCUACUAUGGAUGAGUCCGCAGACACUGACGAUGACAUAGAAGUACAUGCUAGAAGCAGGAAGGUGUCGCGCACAAUUCACAGGCGUGUGAAAAAUCCACAUUUCGACAUGCUAUAUUGCAAUGAGUCUGAAACCGAUAUGAUUAAAUGGAAGUCCAAAUAUAAGCAAAAGGCUUUCGAAGUUUCGGCAUCAGAUGAAUUCAGUAAGAAAGCUGAAAUCAUGACUAAGAAAAUAUCAAAAGAAUUUUAUGACUGGUGGGUUGGAUUAGGUAAUGUAGAAUUCAAAAGUGAAAUCAAGCGUCCAGAAGAUAUCGAGGAUCUCUUCCAGGUAAUUAAUUUCAUAGAAUAUUUUUACCAAAAAACUUACACAUUCGCUAAUAUUGUUUCUGCUUACAGGUUUGGUUCGAUGAACAUGCUUCUCGCGGUCUUGUGUUAGAUCCCAGGAUUCUGCCUUGUGUGCUACAAAGCAUUGCGAACUAUGUCGGAGUGCCGAGGGCCUCGUGCCCAAGAGUGCUCAAGAGGCAGAUCGCGUACGACAUCCACGCCGAGACGAGCCCGGCGCACGUCAUGGCAUUCGGC